AUGAGAAAGAUACAAUUGAAUAAAUUAUAAAGAAACAUGGCAUUUAUGGAAGAUUGGAAUUAAAAGGGAAUUGAUAAUUGGAAGAAAAAUUAGUCAAUCAGAUAUAAAAAUAGAGUGGAUGAUGAUAAAUUUAAAUCUACCAUGCAGAAAAUAGCAGAGGAUAGAUUGGUUUAGACUUAAUAGUUUUUGAAAGGGGAGAUGGAGUAGUAGAUUGAAUAAUUUGAGAAUAGAUAACAAGAUGAACCUGUUAGUUUGGGAUUGAGAAAUAAGAUGAUGAAUGAAUUCAUGAGGAAGGAGAGAGAUAAAAGGAGAAGGAAGAUGAUUGUAGAUUAGGAGAAGUAGACAAAUGAACUACAAAGAAGAGAAUGUUGUGUUUUAGAGAAACUGAAAUAAUAGAGUAGAUAAGAGUAAGAAAUAAUGUAUGAGAUAUGGAGAGCAUUCUAAUGUAAAGAAGUGAUUUGUGAAAACAGAAAUUUAAGAGACGAGAAUUAUAAAAAUAAGUAGGAAUUGAAUGUUAUCAAUCGGAAAUUCAAGGAGGAAGAAAUGUUGAGAUCUUUAUAAUAAGAAUUUAAUGAAGAAAUUGAAUUACAAUAGAAGAGAUAAUUAGAAAUAAAUGUUGAAUAUAAAUUGUUGAUUAGACAAUAGAAUUAUGAGAAAUGCAGAAAAUUAGUUGAAAUUCUAUUUGAAAUUGAAGAAUAAGUAUAUGAACAUCUGUAAAAUCAUGAUUCAAAUCAAAUAAAUGAGUAAUUCACUAGAGAAAAUAAUCAUUUAUUUGAGUAAGGAAUGGAAUUGAUCCCUUACAAAAGAUUUAGAACUUAUGAUCCCAUAAAGGAAAUGAAGAAACAGGAGAAUUAAAAUAACUAAUAAAAAAUGUUUUUGGCCAAAAUGGAAAUGCAAGACUAUUUAGAAGGUACUGGAGCAUGGAGUAUCUAUCAAGCAUAAAAUAAUUAUACUCUGGGGAAUUUAGUGAGAUAUUUAAUUGAGAGUUAAUUUGAAGUUACUGAAACAAAAGAGCAAGAAUUACACAUUCCUUAUGUUCCAUUUAGAGGGUCUUUGAUAGGAUUCGCAUUUAGUGGUAAGAGAACUAUCAGUGACUUAUUGAGCUAGAAGUAUGGAAUUACUGUAUUGUGUGUUGAUGUCAUAAUCAAUGAAUUAUUGGAAUACAUAAGUAUAUAUCAGUAAGGAGAAGAGCAUUCAUAGGUAUGGGAUCAGCAAUAAAUAGAAUUGGGUCAAUCGAUAUCCAAUUAUCUCUUAGAAGGACAAAAUAUUCCUGAUGAACUAUACAUCAAAGCUAUUGUGUUGAAAAUUAAAAGAACAUUUCCCUACUAAAAAUUCGAAGACAAUUAUGAAGAGUAAAAAGCGAAAAACCAAAAUCAUAAUGCCAGAACCAUAAAAACUAUUGAUGAUUUCAAUGAUGAUGGUAUUAAUUGGGAAGAUUUUCAUCGAAAUAAUAUGAUAAAUAAUAAACCUUAUUGCACAGGCUGGUUAUUGGUUGGGUUUCCUCAUACGUAUGAUUAAGCUAAACUUUUGGAAAAAUAUCUAACAAAUAUACAACCAUAGGAUGAACUUACAGCAUUAUAAGCUAGACUCGAAGACGCUGCUAGAAUAGUUAAACCCAAUGAAUACCAAAAGGUUCCAAGGACUAAACAGGAGAGUGGAGUAGGAGUUUGUGUGUAUUUGGAAAUGCCAUCUAAUGAAAUGUGUCUAAGAAGAGCAGUUGGAAGAAGAUAUGACAAUCAUAGCAACUUAUUGUAUCAUCUAGAUUCCAAUCCUCCUCCUGUAGAUAAUGCUCCCUUAAUUGAAAGAAUCAAACCUUUAUAUGAAGUUGACAAUCUUUAAUAGUAGAUCUCAGAUAAAAAUUCAUAUUUUAUGACUCAAAUAGAGGGAGUCAGAAAUUGGUAUGAUAAUUUUGAAUCCAAAUGUGCAUCCAAUCUAUAACAGGCAUUCAUAAGUAUAGAUGCAUCUAAUAAUUAUGAAAGAGUAUUUUAUGAUGUGGACUAAGUAUUCUAAAACUUUCUUUAAAUUCAAGUUAAUUAAAUUUAAUAAAAAUAUGAAGCAUAAUAGAAUAAAAUAUUGGAGCAAGAAGAAUCAAUAAAAUAAUAGUAGGAGUAAGAAGAAUCAGAUAAAAAAUGUUAAUUUAAAUAAGUUCAAUUAGAUACAUUGCCUGUGAAAUAACCAAAUUAGGCCUUUUUAAAAUACUUAAAUGGUUUUUGGAAUCUAAUUGAGAAUAAGUACAUGUCCCUUUAAAAUGUUUUCAAGGGAUUCAGAGAACAAAGAGAAUUCAUUAUCAAUUAUCAAAUGGAUAUUUAGCGCAAAUUCAUUGAUUUGAUUAACACGCCAGAUGAAAAGUUUUUUUUCAUUAGAAAUUUUUAAGAAUAAUACAACGAAUUUGUUUUGGAGAAUCCAGAUUUAUGUGAGGAGGAUAUUUGUAAGGAAGAAUUACAUUAGAGAGUUGAUGACUUAUAUGAUUAAUUAAUAGAUUUAAUUGAUUAAAAGAGAGAUGACUUAAUAGUAGAGAAAUAACAAAUAUAAACUUCACAAUUUAUAGAAAAUGAAAUUGAUCUCUAUUUAUAGUAAUUGAAGUCAAUGCUGGCAAUUGAAUUAGAUAGAGCAUAGAAUUCGAUUUAAUUAUUAAAUGAUUAUUAUAGUACAUUGGAAGGCAUUGAAUUAUCGGAUAUUUAACCUGGUGUUGGAGAAUUACAAUUGAUGGAUGGAGAUGAUCCCUAAGUUAGAUUAGAUAAAUUGAUAGCUGAUGCUUUGAGAAUAUUUGCAGGAGAAGAGGAAAUCGUAGAGGACAAAACUAAGAAAGGCGGUAAACAACCAGCAAAGAAAGAAGAGAAAAAGGGAAAAAAAGGAAAGGAAGAGGAAGUUAUUAAGAAGGAACUAUAAAAUGCUGAAGCUGUAAAUGCUAUCAAUUUAGAAAAACAAAUAUUUAAAGAAAGAGUUGAUGUGAUCAAAAGAUUUGCUACUUAAACUAUUCUGAAAUAUAGAUAGGCUGCUGAUCUAUUAUAUUCUAAAUUAGAUGAAUGGAUACAUUACACUCAUUUGACUGAAAUCAAAGCAUUAGAUGCCAUUUCUAAUCUAUUCAGAGGGUACAUAGAGAGAUGUGAGAGAAUUUAGAAGGAACUCUAACUAUAGUUUGUGGAUGUCAUCAUUAGUCAUGAAGUGCUUAAUUUCUUGACACCUAUUCCACCUCCCUUGACCGCCAGAGAACCUUUAUCGAAAGAAAGAUUUUCCAUAUCUCAAUUAUACUAUUUAAUAGAAGACUUAAGAGCCAUUACUAGUACUCACUUGCUCAUUGAUAUCAAACAACUUGCUAUACUUUUGUCUAGAUCCUCCUAUGGUGUACUUAAAUUCACUCCUGCAUAAUGGAUGCGAGCUCUAAAAGUGCUAGAUCAAAAUGGUUAUGUCAAUGUCAGAUAAAUAUGUACUUACCUGAUCUUAUUACAAUCCCCAACUCCAAAGGAAGAGGAAUUGCAAAUGUAUUAAGCCUAAUUAAAUGGGCCUUUGGUUGAUAAGGAAAACUUUGUCAACACAGCAGCUUGGUUUGAUGAAUUUGAGAGGGCUCCAGAGGAAGAAAACACAAACUACUUUGAUAGAAUUAUAUAUAUCAAAGAGCUUCUCUUCUUUAUUCAUAAGGAUGAAAAUAAUUAAAUUGCAAUAAAAUAAUAUUUAGACAUUUUAAAUAUAAAAGGAGAUAGAUACUUCGACUUUUUGUUUUAAAAUCUUCAAGAAUUGUGA